GCGGGCGCCCUGGGGCUCCGGGGUCCUUCCUGGCCUCCCGCCUCUGGUGGCAGUGCCAGCCUGUGUUCUGUCUUGGAGAUGCCACUCCCGUCUCCGCCCCCACGUGGCCUUCCACGCGUGUGUGCACAUCUCCUCUGCUCACAGGGACACUGGUCAUUUGAUGGGGUCCCUUCUCGUCCAGUCUGACUCCACCCUAACGGUUCACUCUGCCAAGAUCCUGCUUCUGAGUCAGGUCGCCUCCCAGUGCGGGCGGGGCCGCCGUGGCGUCUGCCCUCCCGUCAGGUGUCAGGUGCGCGCCACACGGUCACUCGCUGCUGAGAAGCGACACGGUGGCCCUGCUGGAGCUGAAAUUGAGAGGCUGUCCGAGCAGCUAGAGGAGAAGGAGAAGGAGACGCAGCAGCUGAGGAGCCAGCCGGGGCCCGAGCGCGAGAAGGAGGUGGCCCUGCUGCGGCGGCGGCCCCUGGGUCUGGCUCCUUCCCCUCCGCUGCGCGUGACCGACACGCCUGGUGACCGCGUCCUCUCUGUGCAGCCGGAACCUGCAGGCAGGGACGCCUCUGUCCAGGCUGCUGUUGAGAAGCUCCAGGAGGAAAACCGGCUGUUGAAGCAGAAGGUGACUCACGUGGAAGACCUCAACGCCAAGUGGCAGCGCUACGAUGCCAGCAGGGAUGAGUAUGUGCGGGAGCUGCGGGCCCAGCUGCGGGGGCUGCAGGCUCCCCAGCCCGAGGCGGAGCUGAUGAGGAAGGAGAUCGCCAGGCUCAACCGGCAGCUGGAGGAGAGAAUCAGCGAGUGUGCCGGGGCCGCGAGGGAGCUGGCGGCGGCGCGGGAGCGGGCGCAGAUGCUGGAGCAGCAGGUCCUCGCCUACAAGGACGACUUCACGUCGGAGAGGGCGGAUCGGGAGCGGGCGCAGAGCAGGAUCCAGGAGCUGGAGGACGAGGUGGCGGCCCUGCAGCGCCAGGCACGCAGACAGGACCCCCAAGAGCCAGGCUCCUGCCGGAUCCGCACGGGGAGCAGAGCACCUAAGCGCGCAGAGAACAAUGCUUCAGAGUUGGUGGUGCCUGGUGGCCAGAGGCCUGUGUCUGCACCCCAGGGCCUGGCCCCCCCUGCAGAGGGUGGGUGCCCUGGAGCUGCCCGGAGAGGCCAGGGGGACCUGCAGUGUCCACAUUGCCUGCAGUGCUUCAGCGACGAGCAGGGCGAGGAGCUCUUCAGACACGUGGCCGAGUGCUGCCUGUGAGCCAGGCGGGGGACAGGCCGGUGCUCUCGGCCUGCGACAGUGGGACCCCGAGAUGCAGGCGGAGGGUGCUCUGGCCUUCACCUUGGUCCCCCUUGGGCUGUGGAACAGAGGCUGGGCUUUGGGUCCUCAAGCUGUCAGGCCGGGGCCGGAGCAGGAGCUCACAGGCCAAGGUGAUGGUCCCGCCCCCACCUGCACCUGGGACGCUGCAUCUCGCGGGAAUAGGGGGCUCCCCGAGGGAACCACACGUUGGGUCCCAGGGUGGAGGGGCACCCCAGGUUUGGAGAGCCGAGCACUGCGGCCUCGGCAGGGCCAUGAAAUACACUGCGUUGCUUAGUGUCUGUCACACGUCCAGAGGUGAGAGCCGUGUGCUUUGUAGCCACUUAUUUUUAUAAUAAAUGCGUUUGCUGCA